AGAAAACGAUCUUUUACCAGAUCAGAGUAAAAGAUACCUUGAAGCUAGAAAAUUAAUACGAUUCCCGGAUGGAAGAAUGGAAAAACAUUGGGCUUCUCAUUGUAUGGGAAAUGCAUAUUGUGGAGUAAAAUAUAAUGAAUACUUAUUGAAAAUCGAGCAAAAAUCCAUUUCAAGAUAUGAUUUCGAUAAUGAGUAUGCAUUACACAGAUAUGAGUUGUGGAAACAGAAUGCUAUCAAGAAGAUUAAGCAUGCAAGAGAAACAGCAAAAAAAGAUUCGAGCUGUAAAUAUCAUUAA